AUGUGGAGACGAAAUAUCACGUCGAAAUAUUCCAAUGAUUAUUAUUUGACAGUGACAACGGAUUGUCACAAUUUCCAGAUGUCACGUGGGUACAUCAGGUCGACCUUGACCCGGGAAGAAGAAGAGUUCCCCAUCGCGUACACCAUCAUGGCAUACAAAGACUCUGAAAUGGUUGAGAGGCUACUGCGGGCUAUCUACAGACCACAGAACUAUUACUGUAUUCACGUGGACAAAAAAGCACCAGAGGGAUUUUAUCUGACAAUUUCGGCCAUAGCUCAAUGUUUCCCUAACGUUUUUCUGACGUCCAAGAGAAUUGAUGUCAAAUGGGGUCAGUUCUCUGUUCUAGAACCUGAGAUAAUCUGUAUGAGAGAACUCUUUCGCUACAAGAAAUGGAAAUAUUUUAUCAAUCUGACUGGGCAAGAGUUUCCGUUAAAAACAAACUACGAGAUUGUCAAAAUACUGAAAGCAUUUAGAGGUGCCAAUAGCAUUAAUGGAACCAUAAAAUAUGCGUACUCGUCAAGAUGGAGAGGGAAAAAACCUCCAGAUGGAAUCCGUUUAGUUAAAGGAUCUGUGCAUAUUGUUGCCAAUAGAGACUUUGUGAGAUUUGUACUCUACAAUGGGGUUGCUUACAAGUUUCAAUCCUGGACCAAAGGUACCGAGAUUCCUGAUGAAACAUUCUUUCCUUCACUGAACUUUAACCCACAGCUGGGGUUAAAGGGCACUUACAAAGGUAAUCCGGAUGAUGUGUAUGAGUUUAUAGCCAGGUACAAGAUAUGGUCUAACACUACUGGGGAUGUCUGUGACGGUGUAUUUGUUAGAGGAAUCUGUAUACUGGGUACAGGGGAUCUACCCAGGCUGGGCCAAGCCAAAGAAUUAUUCGCCAACAAAUUUUACCUACACGAAGACAGGCUUGCGAUUGGUUGUCUGGAGGAGAAGAUCUUCAACGACACGCGCGAUGUGUACAUGGGGGUCAAGGUCGUCAACACCAGCUUUUAUGAACGUUUGAAUUUUGUUCAACAUCAGGUGGAAUAA